ACUAAUUACCUCUUAGGCCCGCUUGCUUGUUCUCCCCAUCUCUCUCCCCACCGUUGCCCGCCGCUGCCUGCUGCCGUGCUAUACCCGCCGCCUUGGCAUACUCGGCCGCCGCUGCGGUGGUCUGUUCACUUCCCACCGUGUGGUCCGCCUUGAAGUUGUCCAAACCGCCGCUGUGGUCUGUUCCCUUCCAUCGUGUGGUCCGCCUUGGAGUCGUCCCCGUCGUUGAAUCCAGAUCGGCCUGAUCUCAAACCCUCCCCGCCGAACUCGCCUGACGAGGCUUCGCGGGAUCGUUUCUUGUUGUCCACCUUCCUCCUUCUACUGGACUGGUGUGGAGUGUAGAUCCAUCCAAGUUAGGUCGAUUGAGCUCUUCUUUUAUUGGUUUCUAGGGAUUUGCUUGGAAAGUUGAAAUUGCCUGCAAGGUUCUUCUGUGAUUGCAGGGAGGAGAGGGUUUCUUUAACCUCGCAGCCAUGUUGGAGAAGAUUGGGCUGCCGCCGAGGCCGUCCAUGCGAGGGGCCGCCUGGGUAGUCGAUGCAUCCCACUGCCAGGGUUGUUCUGUUCAAUUCUCCUUGUUCACUAGGAAGCACCAUUGCCAAAGAUGUGGAGGCUUGUUCUGCAGCAGCUGCACCCAGCAGAGGAUGGUUUUACGUGGACAGGGUGACUCACCAGUUCGAAUUUGUGAUCCUUGUAAAAAGCUUGAGGAAGCAGCACGCUUUGAGUUGAGAUAUGGACACAAAAAUAGAGCUGGGAAAGCCAAUACAAAAGCAGCUUCUAAACCAGAAGAUGAAAUUCUAAGUGAAAUCCUUGGAGAUGAUGGAGCACAGACCCAGUUUUCUCGCAAGGAAUCUCUGGAUUCUGAGCUUCCUGGGAGAACCGUGAGCACUGCCAGUGCCUCCAGUUCUAGUUCCAGAAGAACUUCUGCUACUUUCAGCAUGGAUGGAAAUGGAGAUGAAAGUCUUUCUACUGAAGCACACAAUUAUGAACUCAACAACGCGUCCAUUUUUACCCCAGAUGAGCUGCGUCAACAAGCAGUAGAGGAGAAGAAAAGGUACAAAGCCUUGAAAUCAGAAGGUAAACCUGAGGAAGCACUGAGGGCAUUCAAGCAUGGUAAAGAACUUGAGAGGCAAGCUGCGGCACUGGAAUUAGAAUUGAGAAAGAGUAGGAGAAUGGCUACCAAAGCUCCUAAUGUAACUGCUGUGGUUAGUUCCCAGACGACAGAUAGUUCCGAUGAGGUUGAAAUAAAAAAGGUUUUAACUGGUAAAAGAGUUAAGAAAGAAAAGAAUGAUCUUGCCUCUGAGCUCAGAGAACUAGGUUGGUCAGAUGCAGAUCUUCGUGAUGAAACAAAGGCAGCCCCUAUGAGUGUGGAAGGAGAGCUAUCACAGCUUCUUAGAGAGGUGGCACCUAGAUCAGUGGAGGUCAAGAAAACCGGUGGUAUCGAUAAAUCUCAGGUUAAUGCUCUAAAGAGACAAGCCCUAUUGCUGAAACGAGAAGGUAGACUUAGCGAAGCAAAGGAAGAGCUGAAGAAGGCUAAAAUUUUGGAAAAACAACUAGAAGAACAAGAGAUUUUGGGCGAAGCAGAAGAGUCUGAUGACGAUUUAGCUGCAAUUAUUCAGAACAUGGACGAUGAUAACCAUGAAGAUAUACUGUUGGACAAUCCAAGAAUCCCUGCUUUAAACUUUGAACAAAUUCUGGGUGCAUCUGACGAUCAUGCCAUUGAUGGUAACUUUGAUGUUACAGAUGAUGACUUGGAUGACCCAGAUAUGGCUGCUGCCCUAAAAUCAUUUGGCUGGAGUGAAGAGGAUGACAAACAAUUGGAAAACCAUGGAUCUGUUUCUUCUUCGAAUCAAGAAGCACUGAAUGAGAAAGUGCUUGCUCUGAAAAGAGAGACUGUCGCAAACAGAAGGUCUGGUAAUGUUGCAGAAGCCAUGUCAUUGCUUAAAAAGGCAAAGCUACUUGAGAUGGAUCUGGAGACUGAAGAUGUCACUAUUGCAGAGAUGAAUGCCCGACCUGUAUCAGCACCGAAAAGUAAGCUAGCAAUUCAGAGAGAACUAUUGGCUCUGAAGAAGAAGGCGCUAGCCUUGAGAAGGGAAGGGAAGGUGCAUGAGGCCGAGGAAGAGUUGAAGAAAGGCAGCGUUCUUGAGAAGCAACUUGCAGAGCUUGAGAAUUCUUCGAAACCUGUAACCAAGGAAACUAUGAGCAUAGGUUCAACGCCCCCAUACAAGGUUGAACCCCCAAGUCUCGAUCUUGCUGAUGAAGGAUAUGAAGCAGAGGUCACGGACAAUGACAUGCACGAUCCAGCAUUGUUAUCUGUGCUGAAAAAUAUGGGGUGGGAAGAUGUUGAUACAGAUUCUGUGAAAAGAAGUGACACAGCAAUUUCACAUGUUGCCCAGAAGUCAUCGAAAACUAAGGGUCAAAUUCAGAAGGAAUUGCUUGGUAUAAAAAGGAAGGCUCUUGCAUUCAGACGGGAAGGGAAAAACAAGGAAGCUGAGGAGGAACUGGAGAAGGCGAGGGUCUUGGAGCAGCAACUGGCAGAAAUUGAAGAAUCAGGUAACUUGGUUGCUAACCAACAAGUCGUUAGUACUGCUGGACAUCAGAUUAGGGAAAAUAAACCUAAUGUCCAGCAUGUCCCUAGUGUUGAUACUAGUUUACUCCCAUCAUCAGUAAUCAAUACAAUGAAGGGGGAUGUUUUGUUGCCGGUGCAUGCAGAUGAACCUGGUAUAUCGAUGGGUACACUAAGUAGUUCUCCCAGCAAACCGCAGACUGAGACAAUUGUUUCUAAACAAGGUCAUGCAGGAAAAAGAAGUAGUGAUGGAACACCCUCAGCCUUGUCGCGGUCAGCUUUUACUGAUACCUUGAGAACUGAAAAGGUAUCACAUUCACCUUCCGAUGUACUUGAUCAUAAAGAAGCUCAGAAGGAACAUGGAGAUGAUACUCUCAAAGAUGAGAUUUUACUUCAUAAGAGAAAAGCAGUUGCCUUUAAGAGAGAAGGGAAGAUGGCAGAAGCUAGAGAAGAGUUGAAACUGGCAAAACUCUUAGAAAAGCGUCUUGAAGGUGCUCAACAGAACAGUGUGGAUGGUGGAGAUGAUUCAACUACGUCUGUUGUGCAACAGAGCAACUUGAUCCAACAACCUGCUAGUGCCAACAAACAGACGGACGCCUUGACCUCUGCCCCUUCACAAACAAACAAGUCAAUUCAACCUCCGAAAGUAAUGUCUAGCCGAGACCGUCUCAAAAUCCAACGUGAAUCCCUCGCUCACAAACGCAAUGCACUUAAGUUACGAAGAGAAGGAAGGACUGCAGAAGCAGAUGCAGAAUUUGAAUUGGCCAAGGCACUGGAGAGCCAACUGGAAGAUUCAGAUAACCAAGGUUCAAGCUCAGGAGGCAAGUCGAGUGAACCAAAUGACGCUGUCGUGGAGGAUCUUUUUGAUCCUCAAAUCAUGUCCGCCCUAAAAUCCAUUGGUUGGAGUGACGCUGACUUGUCCACACAAUCUUCUAAUGCGCAACCUCCAAAGAAAGCGGAACCAAAGCAAGCUUCCGUAGCUACAAGCAAGCCUCAGAGUGAGAAAAGUCAGCUGGAAGAACAGAUCAAGGGUGAGAAACUGAAGGCGCUCAACUUGAAGCGAGAAGGGAAGCAGACAGACGCCCUAGAGGCCCUUCGCUCGGCAAAGCGACUAGAGAAGAAGUUGGCAUCGCUGAGCUAAUGACUGUCCCAGAUUGCUUGUGUGCUUCAUGUGUAAAAUGUUAGUUUGGGUUCAAGUCUGUGAUGCCCCAGUUAGAAGCUAUUGAGAGGCUUAUAUCUUGUGAGCCAUGAGCACACAACUUUAAGGCCCUUUUGUUUGUGUGUAUAAAUAAAAGCAUAUUAUUAAUGGGCGACGAUUCUUUUAACGAAUAAUUGUCUACAAUCAUAUAAUAUUCCAAAAUGACUCCUGUUUCCAUGUAACAAAUUGUACUCUUGUGGUAUUUGAAUCAAUUUACUUGUCAUUGUUGUCUGA